AUGCUCGAUGUUGAAUUAAUCCAUAAGUACAAUUAUUACGCCGAAGUUCAUAACGUUACGACGAAGGAUGGUUACAUCUUAGAACUGCAUCGAAUAUCGGGAAGCGAUCGUUUCCCGCCAAAACCUGGAAAGCGCGUGGUUUUGCUGAUGCACUGCCUACUGGGAUCCUCGGCAGACUGGGUAAUCCUAGGUCCAGAUCUAGGCCUUGGGUAUUUGCUCUCUGAUCAGAACUAUGACGUCUGGUUGGGUAAUGCUCGAGGUAAUCGCUAUUCACGAAAGCACAUCUCUCUUAAUCCCGAUAGCAGGGAUUUCUGGCUGUUCUCAUGGCAUGAAAUCGGGGUAUAUGAUCUUCCGGUUACCAUUGACUACGUGCUAGAUCACACUGGUCAGAGCAGUCUAUUCUACUGCGGACAUUCCCAGGGAGCAACGAUUUUCUGGGUGAUGUUAUCUGAACUUCCUGAGUAUAACAGCAAGAUCAUUCUGAUGCAGGCAUUUGCUCCGGUGGCUUUUAUGACUAAUCCUCGAUCCCCAGUUAUUCAGGCUUUUGCUCAGAAUUUACAAACUGUCGAAGUUCUAUUUGCGACAAUGGGGAUCUUUGAGUUUAUGCCCUCAUCAGACUGGCUUAGGACUUCAACCCAGCUCUUGUGCAGCGAAACGAACUCUAUGGCCUACAUGUGUCAGAAUGCCCUGUUCCUGGUUGCUGGAUUUGAUUCUCAGCAAAUGAACUCGUCCAUACUCCCACAAUACUUGGGUCAUAUGCCAGCUGGAUCGUCAGCUCGCCAAGGAUUUCAUUACUGUCAACUGGUUAAUUCCAAGUCAUUUCGUCAAUAUGAUUUUGGGACCAUUGAAAAUUUCCGUCGGUACCAUCAAAUGAACCCUCCGGAUUAUCGACUUCGAAGGACAAAAGUCCCCACUGUCCUUCACUAUUCCUCGAAUGACUGGAUUCUCAAUGUGACUGACGUGGAAAGGUUGGCGUCAAUCCUGCCGAGUGUCUAUAAAACCCAUCUUAUCGAAAUGGAAGAUUUUAAUCAUUUUGACUACAUCAUAGCCACAGAUAUUAAAGAUUUACUGUACAAUAUGGUUAUAGAUUUUAUAAAUAAAUUUUAAUGUGAUGUAAUUAAAAUCGAACCAUCAUUAAAUUCUGGUUAUCAUUAAAACCUCUUUUAGGUUUUCCAGAAUAAUAAUCCAACCCUUUAAGAAUUAGCGUUUAGGUCAAAACUAUCUCGACUCGAGGCAUAUAAAAGGCACGUACCUGAGGACAUUUGCUUCAGAAGUAUUUCUACCACGGAGCUAGUCACAUCGCAUUGUCGUUUCGAAACUCCAAACCUUAAAAACCAAAUGUAUAGUCACAAAUCAGAGUUUGAGUUCAACGGAAAGGACGUUGGGCCCUAUGAGACGGAAGACUUGAGGUCUUCUGCUUUUGGUGCAAUCGGAAGGGAUGGAUCAUCUUGGGCCUACAACAUCAUGAGGGAUCAGAAGAGAAAUAAACACAAAGAGCAGGACAAAGAAGAAACAGGCUAUGAUAUUCGGUUCUGUAAUGGAAUGUUCAUUCCUGAUCUCAAUUCAGACAAACCUCAAA